AUGCACCUACAUAUAAAGGUGUUCUGCCUUUGGGGCGUGCUCGCUGUUAAGGGCCUGGCAGAUGAUAUCGACUUCAGUGCCGCUGCUCAGUCCAUAUCUGCUACCCUAGCUGAUCCCUCGUUUGUGCCUUAUACAAAACCUAGCCAAAAGGUCGAGGAGUUUAUUGCCCUUGGAGAUUCGUACACUGCAGGUACAGGUUGCAAUGGACAAGAUGAAAAACUGUCAGGUGAAGCAUUUCGUGGACAGCGUUCUUAUCCCAUGCAAAUGUCUCAGGAUAAAGAUAAUUGGGCCUUUAUCAAUGGUGGGGACGAGACUAUCCCCCGUUUCAGUUUUCACGCCUAUACCGGUGAUAAAUCAGAAGAUCUGGUCGCUAAGCAAUUGACGCAGGGAGACUAUAAAGACGGCAACAUGUCUCCACGCGGUCAGCCCUUUGGAAGCCCACAAGUUGCAGUAUUAACUAUUGGAGGAAACGAUGCGAUGCUAUCCGAUAUAUUGAACAAUUGCAUAUUUAGAGCUUGGAAUCCCGGAAACUGUCAGAGCAAGCUCGAUGCCUUGCAACAAGAGAUUGACAACGGAAAUCUUCGCGAUAAAAUCAACUAUGCCUUAUACGAGGUAGCACGCGCCGGCCGUGAGGCUGGCGGCGCCAAUCCUCGGGAGAGCUUUCAGGUAUAUGUUCUCGAAUAUAUUACCUUCUUCGACGAUGCUAUGAGUACGGAAUGUAACGAUUAUACCUGGGCGUUUUUCCCAUGGCUGAGCGAGCCAAAACUCACACAAGCUCUCCGCGAGCAGCUUAACGAUAAGACCCGUCAAGUCAACGCAGUCAUCAAAGCGGCGGCUCAAGAUCUUCAAAGAAUGGGCGUCGUAUUUGUGGAAGGCCUUCAAGACGUUUACAAUGGCCAUCGCUACUGUGAAGCUGGGGCCACCCCGAGACAGACGGAAUACAAGGUUUGGUUCUGGACAACUUACGGCAUUACAUCGACGACCUCUGAAGGACCUGGCGAUCCCAACGAUGUUGCGGCUAUAGAUAGUACUGAUCCUGCUCAGCAACUGCUGGACUUUGUUUUUCCUGGCCAAAACAAGACUGUGGCAGCGAAUUCUGCCGGCGACACUGCGCCGUGGGAAUGGGACGGUGCUGAAGCAUACCCCGACUACCAAUCGCUGCUGAAUGCCAUAUCUGCUGCUGCCGAUGACGCGAACACCGAUUCGUGGAUACCAUUCACGUUACUGCGCUCAUUCCAUCCCAAGGGAACGGCAUAUGGUGAGCAUGCCACGGCACUGUUUGCUGCCAUCGCGGACAAUAGAGUAGCAAUUACAAGCAAUGGAACAGGACAGCAGAUCGCGGUUGCCUCGUACAUUAAUCCUCUGGCAGACCCCUCCGCUUGGAAUAGGCUUAUUGACUACCCUCUGGCAAAGAUGCCCAUUCUGAUUGCCAAUGUUGUGAACGGUCCUGAUUCCGCCGUCGACGACAGCUGGACCGACGUUAUCAGCCGAGCCUCAGCGUCUGGAAAAACGGUCCUCGGCUAUGUGCGAACUGGAUAUCUUGGUGUGAGCGAUCAGAAAUUCCUAACGAGACUGGGCUCCGGUGACCUUGCGGAUUGGACUGCGCAAAUCGAGGAGGAUGUUGAUAUGUGGUACAAGCUUUAUGGUAGCAAUAUUGGUGGCAUUUUCUUUGACGAGGGGUGGCCUGAAUGCGGCGAUAACAACCAGUAUGCGGACCUCUACAAGUAUAUUAAUGACUACACCAAGCGUGCUCAUCCUGGCGCAUAUACUAUUUUGAAUCCAGGGUCGCCCAUGGCGUCUUGCUUUGAGGAUACGAUGGACACACUACUCACCUUCGAACUGGAUUAUACGGCAUACACCAGUUCCUAUACACCCAACGAUUGGGUACCAAAGGAUCCUCGAAAGCUAUGGCAUAUUGUGUACAACGUCCCCGAGUCUGCGAUUGGUGAGGUGGUCAAAUUAGCCAAUGAACGCGGAGCUGGAUUCCUUCAAAUCACAGAUGAUACUUUGCCUAAUCCAUACGAUACACUGCCUAGCGACUCCUACGUGCAGACACUACUGGAUGCAGUUGCGGGUGGCUCUCUAUCGAAAUCGGAUGCUUCGGCCUGGGCGUCAGGGGGGGAUGCAGGAGCCGUGUCCGGAUUGUCGGUCUCAUUCUCAGAUUAUAGCUCCGCAAAACUAUCUUGGUCUGCGACCACAGGUGCCUUUGGGUACCAUGUAUAUCUGGGAGAUACUGUUGUUGCUAGUGUCCCUAGCAGCAUGACCACAAUCACUAUUGGUGGUCUUCAACCAGGAACGAGUAAUGCUUUAAGCAUACGUGCUGUCGGAGGAGGUGGCAAUACUGGAUCUGCUUCCAACACAGUCACCGUCAGCACCGAAUCUCUCCCAUUGGGCAAGACUAUUACUGACUAUAAUGUUACUGCUGGGGCGUCGUCAACAACAUACCAUGCUGAUAUUUUGGUUCCUUAUGCUUUCGUACGUCUCUAUCUCUGGGACUCCGUCGAGUGUGACUUCGAUAACGAUCCAGGUUGGAGUGUCAACUUCGUGACCGACGAUUACGUCUGUACCCACUAUAUGGUCGAAGGUACAACUCUUUAUAAGUACAGCGGUACCCUUCCAUCCGGAUCAACAGCACCGCCUUGGUCAUGGUCAGAGGUCGGCCCCAUAACUCUCAGCAUCUCGGGCUACACGUAUUCAUGGACCUUGCCGUUGGGAACUUCCACUACAGACACGAAUAAAUUCGUGAUCCAGGCACAAGGCUACAAUCCCUUCAUUAACGUCUUUGAUCCAGAUCCCAGCGCAUAUGAUUGCAAGGGUUCGACUCUUUGUACGACCCCUGAUCUCCUUAAAUGGUGUGAUCACGCUGUCAACAGCUUGGAGCGAAAUGACCUCCUUACAUAUGGAACUAAGUGA